UGACCAAUCAGCGGCCAGAUCGCGGAGUGAUGGCAGAAUCAGCCAAUCGCAGCGAGGGGCGGGCUCUGCACACGGCACUGCCUCGUCUCCCUUUCCCCGAACUCCCGGCAUUUCCCGGCAGCCGCGGCUGAGGAGCGGCGCUGGCGCGGGGCCCGGCCCGGGCAGGAGGCGAAGGAGCCGCUGCUGCUGCCCCGAACCGCCGGGAGCCCGGCGUGACCGGGCCCUGAGGGCGCUGGGAGCUGGGCGUCCGUUAUUGGCCACAAGGGAUCCCACGGAGGAGAUCGAAGUGCUGGACCCUGAAACCAGGUCGCCGUGGCCUUCACAAGAAGGCAACAUAGUGGUGCCGAAACCCGGGAUCGGGACGAGUCCGGGCGACGGGAGUACUCCUGGCCAGGGGACAGCACUCAACGCCGGAACGGCCAUAGCGAAGAAGGGGGACGCCCCAGGACCCACGAUUCGUAUGGAAGCGAUAGCGAAGGUCGUAAGUUUGAUACAUAUGCAAUGGGGAAUCAAAUGUGAACUCAGGAAUUUUAAUCUCGCAUUGACGAGACUCCUAGAGAUUGGGGUCAUUUCUCGACCCAUAGAUAUAUUGCACUCUGAGGUGUGGCAGAAAUGUACUGUCGCGCUAGCAGAGGACACAAAAGCCACAGGCAGCAGCAAAAGCCUGAAAGCGUGGGGGAAGGCAGAAGCCGCCCUACGCAAAGCAUUAGAAGAACAGGAGACGUGGAAUGCUGCGCGCUCCUGUUUGUUAAUCGCGCCACAGCUGGGGGAGGGGGCGAUAAUGCGAACCCCCCCCGGUGGCGACCCGAUUGAGAGCGGGGAGACGGGGGGGCCGGGCGCGACCCAUCCCUCCUCCAGCCCAAAGCCCCCGGAGCCCUCGGAGCCCCCGGGGGACCCCCUGACCCCUUCGGGGGACCCGCCGGGGCCCAGACCACCUCCGGAGCCCCCCGGGGUGCCCGCGGACCCCUCGCCCAACCCUUCCCCGCCGCUAGCCGACUUAGCGCAAGAAGCGGAGGGACUCGCACGGUCCUUUUGGGAGGGGCUGGCGACAGAAGCCCGAAAUAUCGAGAGGGCUGGCGCGCGGGCGGGCGGCGGAGGGGAUCCGCCGCCCUACCCGUUUGAAUAUGGCGCGGGUGGCCGGGAAGAGGGGUGGAGCCCGCCGGUCCGCGGCAGGACGAACCCAGAACCGCGGCCAGCUGCGAACACGCAUGCGCGGGAAACCAGCGCUGAGCCCAUGCCCGGCCGAGAUCCUCAGUAUCGCACCUCCGCCAGCGAUACAAUGGCAGAGCUAUGCAGCACCACCAACCGUACCCUCACACCCCCCAUCAUCAACGCAAGCGCUACAGGACCAGCAGGGGACGCCCCAAACCGGGACCCCUGGGUGGCCCUGGCCAUGAAAAUAGGGAAGGAACCCCUGAGGCCAUCCCUGAAGGACAGCCGUGCGCAGUGCUGGACAUCAAAGACUGUUUCUUCUCGAUACCCCUACAUCCAGACGACAGAGAACGCUUUGCCUUUUCCGUCGCGUUUCCAAACGGUAAUCGGCCUAACCUCCGUUUCCAAUGGAGGGUACUUCCACAGGGCCUAG